AUGCGCGCCGCCACACUGCGCAACUACGCAGGACAGGCCGCACUCCCAGGCGGUAAAGCCGAUACGCUCGACGAAAAGCCCUUCGAGACCGCGCGCAGAGAAGCAUACGAAGAAAUAGGCCUCCCCACCACAGACACCAAGCUCCCGCCGGGCUUCCGUGUCGAACAUCUCUGCGAAUUGCCCACCAAUCUCGCAAGGACAGAGCUAGGCGUCAGACCAUGUGUAGCAUUUCUAUGCCCGUCUACAACCUCCUCCACAUCAUCAGAAGGGCAAGACGCAGGCGACGUCGAAGAGAAGAUGAUCCCGCGCCUCGACCCCAAAGAAGUCGCCGCCGUCUUCACCGCGCCCUUCGCACAGUUCCUACAAAAAGACUGGACAAGGAAAGAACUCGGACCGCAGAACAGCGCUGGAAAACCGCACAGCUGGUACCGCGGCACCUGGACGGACUGGCACGAGUCCCGCUGGCGCAUGCACAACUUCUACAUCCCCAAGCCUCCCUCCUCCCCCACCACGCUCCGGCGCAACACCUCUGUCUAUUCCCAACACACACAGAAGUCUCAAGGCAUGCCGGAAGGCGACGAUCCCCGGCCCGAGCCCACGCCCUUUGAGGAUCUCCAGAAUUUCAGGGUGUUCGGUAUGACGGCGAGGAUCCUGGUUGAUGCAUCGAGGGUGGCAUAUGGGGAGGAACCGCUAUUUGAGCAUAAUAGCCAUUUUGGGGAUGAGGAGAUGAUUGGGAGGUUAUUGAAGGUGGGGCGGAUGAGUGAGAUUAGGAGGAAGGGCGAGGAAUUAAAUAGGGAGGUGUUAAGGCAGGCGGUGAGGGAGACGGAGAAGAGUAAGAUAUAG